UAACCAGAUGUUUGACUCUCCGGCAAAGCUCCUGUGUCACCUGAUUGAGCACAGCUUUGAGGGGAUGGGAGGCACAUUCAAAUGCCCUGUUUGUUUCACAGUUUUUGUACAGGCAAACAAACUGCAGCAGCACAUCUUUGCAGUCCACGGGCAGGAAGAUAAAAUUUAUGACUGUUCCCAGUGCCCACAGAAGUUCUUCUUUCAAACAGAGCUUCAGAACCACACAUUGAGCCAGCACGCACAGUGAGCUACUGGCACUACAGGACACCUCUCUGCAGAAGACUUGACGGUGGCACAGUGGGGAGGACCAUUUGAACAUUACAUCCAAUCAAAGUGUCAUUUGCAACCCAGAUGUAAAACUCUAAUGAUUUGGCCAUGAGGCGCUGCUAUUAUAAGCAGCUGGAAAUGAAUAUUAAUGGAAGAGAUUAAAAGUAUUCCAUGCUCAGUAUUUUUUAUUGUCCUGCUUCAGCUAGUGUACUUUAGAGCUUCUGCUUCUGACUGAAUUUAUAGUGUUAGAUAAAUCUGCUUUGAUGCUGUUGCCCUUUGUUGCUUCUUGUAUUAUAUUGAUAGUUAAAGAUUAGGUGUGAUUUUUUUUUUUCUUUUUUGUUAACUGCUUUUUAAUUGCAGUUUUAGGUAACUGUGCAUUGUGAUGUGAUUGCUUGGCUAUUGUCUGACUAUUUCUUUUUAAUUUUUUAAUUAAAGACUAAUGCUUUGAUUGGAUUUGCCAGUUCACCGGACAGUGAUUAAACCUAUGUAAUGAAUAUAAUCGGUUUCAGUGCAACUGGAUGGUCUGCUUUAUAAAUGUGACUUAAUCUGAUUGCAAUAACUAGUACAGUUCAAUAAAGGGAAUACAUGA